GAUGAGGAAAUAAUCCCUCUCCCGCACAGGAGGAGGGCAGUCUGGAGGUCAGCUGCGCCUGCGCGGGCGCUGUCCUCCCUCCGGAUGGGGAAUGCGCGCGCAGGUUUUCUGCCUCCCGGAAGUUUGCGCGGGACAACUAAGAAGGUGAGUCCUACUCCCGGGAAAGAGUUGGAGAAUUUGGCCUCAGACCUGUGGCUCCUCACCCCGCUCACCAAGUCCGGAGGUGAGGGGAAGGACACUGUUAAGAUGGAGUUGCCAGCCCAGUGAAUCUGAGGGCCAGACUGUGACCCCAUAAAGCAUGAUCUCCUUCUGUCCAGACUGUGGCAAAAAUAUUCAAGCAACAUUCAAAUUCUGCCCCUACUGUGGAAACAUUUUGCCUGAAGAGGGACAUGAAGGGUCCCAGACCUUUGUCAAACCUCUUACGUCAUCUUUCAGAGGCUCAAGGAGACAGAACAACACCAGUCCUGAAACCCCCUCCAAAAAAGUGAAAUGGUCCAGCUCUGUCACCUCCCCCUCAUCAUCCCUCUUCUCAGAUGGUGACAGUUCUGGGUCUGAAGAUACCGUGAGACCCACAGGGUCCUGGAGUAUAUCCUCAACCCCCCAAAGUAGCCCACAGACAACCAAGCGAAGCCCACAGAUGACCAGGCAAAGCCCUCAAACACUGAAGCGGAGCCAGGUGACUGCCUCGCUUGAGGCUUUACCCACGAGGACGGUAGUGACGGACAAGAGUGGGAGGCAAUGGAUCCUGGCAUCCUUCCAGACCAGGGACAACCAGGGCAUUCUUUAUGAAGCUGAGUCUAUCUCCACCGUCGCCUGCAAGUCAAGUCAGAAACAGAGAUUCUCGCUUAAACUCGAUGCCAAGGAUGGGCGCCUGUUCAAUGAGCAGAACUUCUUCCAGCGGGCCGCCAAGCCUUUGCAAGUGAACAAGUGGAAGAAGCUGAACUCAGUCCCCCUCCUGGCCAUCCCCACCUGUGUUGGUUUUGGCAUUCACCAGGACAAAUACAGGUUCCUGGUGUUUCCCAUCCUGGGGAGGAGCCUUCAGUCGGCCCUGGAUGACAGCCCAAAGCAUGUUAUGUCAGUGAGGUGUGUGUUCCAGAUGGCCUGCCGGCUGCUGGAUGCCCUGGAGUUCCUCCAUGAGAAUGAAUAUGUCCAUGGAAAUGUGACAGCUGAGAACAUCUUUGUGAAUCCAGAGGAUCUGAGCCAGGUGAUGCUGGCCGGCUAUGGCUUCACCUUCCGCUAUGCCCCCAGAGGCAAACAUGUGGCAUAUGUGGAAGGCAGCAGGAGCCCACAUGAGGGGGAUCUCGAGUUCAUUAGCCUUGACCUGCACAAGGGAUGCGGGCCCUCCCGCCGCAGUGACCUCCAGACCCUGGGCUACUGUUUGCUGAAGUGGCUCUACGGGAUCCUGCCAUGGACAAACUGCCUUCCCAACAUCGAAGAUAUCAUGAAGCUGAAAGAGAAGUUUCUUGACAACCCGGAGACCCUCGUGGGACAGUGCAGUCGCUGGAUGUGUCCCUCAGGCCUCUCCCGUGACGGGGAUAUCUGGACCACAGAGACCCUGCAGGAGUACAUGAAGGUGGUGAUGACCCUCCAAUAUGAUGAGAAGCCACCCUACGUCAUGCUGAGGAACAAUCUGAAAGCCCUGCUGCAGGACCUGCGGGUGUCAGCCUACGACCCCGUGGACCUCCAGAUGGUACCCUAGAACUUUUGACUCGAGGUUUGAAAUAGAAAAAAAAAAAAAACAAUGCAAGAAAUGUGACUGAAGGCCUGCUGUAGUAUCACAGAUAUGCUUCUGGAAAGAUCCCUCGAAUGCACAUGCCUAUGCCUGCUGUUGCUUAAACCACACUAUGAAUCAAUCUUGAUUAGCCUCAGAGAACCCAGCAGUUAAGCUCCAGAUAAUGUGAAUUCCUCAGUUCGACUGUCCCAUCCUUUCAGCUGUCAUCUCCCACCAGCCACUGGGGUUGUAGACAGAGAAGACCCCCAACUCAUGGUAGGAGGUGAGCCAGUCCCCUCCAUGGGGACCCUUCCUGCUACUCUUGGCACUAUUAUGCUUUGGUAAUAAAUUGUUUCAUUGGAGCGUGGA